AUGAAUGAAGUUUCUUGGCAUUUCAUUUAUGGCCAGGAAAAUGAUAGGCCUCAAGAUGCAGCGCAAGCAGCAGUUUUUGGUAUAGUUCUUCUUAAUGAAUUUGUCUGUUAUCUGGAAGUCAAUCAAAUGCAACGCAUAUGCUUCGCUGUAAAAAGAAGGGCACAAGUGGCUUUCCGAAGAUCUAGUAGCAGAAAAUUGGAUUUAAUAGAGAAUUGUUCCAUUCUUUACAUUAUAUCUACUCUUUCUUGCAGUUUGAAUACCAAUUUUUCAAACAUAUUUUGGAAUGAAAAUUCAGUCAAUUUUGGGAAAACAGUUGAACAAAUUUGUAGAAAAAUGCUCAUGUCCUGGCAAACUUGUCACAGCCCAUCAAAUGCUGGAUUGAUUGAGAGAAAUGUUACUAAAAUGGUUGCUAUUUUAACACUAUUUUGGUUUUCUGCACAAGUUUCCUUUGACCUAAAAGGUUGCUUAAAUUUAAGAUUUCUCUUUAACAAAUGGUUUACAGAAGAAAAGAUGGGAUGGGUACAAGCCCAGAUUGCGCAUAAGAUCCACUGGUACUUUUUAACUACAGAAGACGUUCGUAUUAAGAGCUUCAAACUGCCUUCAUUAAAAAAAAAAACUUUUAAAACUAUUUCUCUGAUCAUUGACGAUGUUUUAGAGGCAUCCGCACUUUGUAUACGAGUUGCUUCACACUUAAUUUGCUAA